AUGGAUUUUUGCUACUGGCUCUUCGGCCACUCUUCUGUCGCCAGCGCCGAGCCCCUCUCUGAUCAUCCGACUGCCGCCGUCUCCAUUCCUACCGCGAAUAAAAAUCACGUGACUCCGAUAAAGCUCGCACAAAACCCUAGAUCUUCUUCAGGAAAUGCCACCGGCCAAAUUGACGGGACAAAUGUAAGCCCACCUGCCACCACCACAAUUUCGAUCACACGGCUUCACCGAGCACCAAUUCAGUUUGGUGCUCUGCAAAUUGGCUGGCCGGCUCACCGCGGAGUACUCGAUUCCUAUCUGGUGGUCUCUAUAGUACCUCUCCACUACAGCAGCUCUAUUAUUAUUUUUAGGGAGUUGAUCAAACCGCAUAGCCCGAGGUCUGGAGAAGGUGAUGAUGAUGAACAAUUGGAUAAAUUAAAGUUAUUCAUGAUGAUGAAGAUGGGGAAGGCAGUGACGAGUUUCGCUUUAACCUUGUCAAAGUCGGAGUUAAUGCAGCAGAUAAAGUGAUCAAAGGGGUUCUGUAAAGCUGGACAUGAAAAGCCAGCUUGAGGAAAAAACUGCAUAUAUACUCCAUUACAGGCAUGUAUGGUUAACGUUGACAUGGGAAGAAAACGUGUGAAAGAAAACAUAAGUGAGAAAGAAUUAUGCCGAUCAAUUUGUCAUCUUGCAUUACACGGCCCUACAUCCAUUUACACGUAUAUUAAUGUUGAUGGUCGAAGAGAAAAGAAGCGUGCGAUAUUGUUAAUGAUGUCGCAGUAUAGAUAUACCAACAACUCUGCUUAUUAUCAAACUUCUAGUAGUUCCUCUAUUUUUUUGUUUUGCAACAGAACAAGGACUACGUAUGUGUAAAUUUACAUUCAAAGUUAAUUUAUAACUAUUGAGAUUAUUGUUUGUUUUAUAUGGUUAAUUCAGCCCUAAAUAUAUUAAUAUAUAUUUGUGUGACGUUUGAAUUCAAAUAUUCUAACGUAUGUGUCCUUUUCCCUUUUAGUAAAUUUUUCUUCCAUUUUGGUAGCUUCUUGAUUGCCCUAACUAAUGGACUUGCAUUGUUUAUGAUACAUGUAUGUGACUUGAAAUUAAUGAUAUGCUUUUAGGGGAAGAGAGGAAAACCGAUGAGGAAACUACUUCCCUGAGGUUUUCUUGGAGGUGAAAGGCACAAAUAUUACAGUAGCUUCGAUGACGUCCUUUUGCUUCGUAAGUGGUGGACGAUGAGCCAGAGCGCUUCGAAUUUGCCGCCUACUAUUGCCGUUGGUUGGAUCCACUGCUCCCGGUGAGGUGCUUUGGCAAUUCUCUGACAAACGCCAAGACCGAGACAAUCCAACCAAUCUUGUUUGCACAAUGAAAAGGGCCACGAGUUCAUCUCUCCAUCGAGUCAAAUUGGCCAAAGGCGUGCGUUUAUGAGCCCAUGCUAAAGUUUCAAU